UUGAGUUUUAUGUAUGCUGAGAAUGGUAGUGCAGAAGAUCUGUUUGAUUCUGAUGUACUUUUAGAACCUAUGGAUUUGAAUAAUCCAAAGAUAACAGAUAUGGAUCAAGAUUUAGUACUUGAUUUAUUUCAAGGAUUAGAUCCCGUUUCACUGCAAGAAGACAGUAAAUUGUAUGAUUCACCUCAGCAUGCCUUGCGGUUAGAAACACCAGACUUGAGCAAUAUAUCUAUUCUUAAUCAGCAAACAUCAUCAACCCUUAAAUCUCAGCUUGCUGAAAAUGUACAACAAAAAUAUGAACCUCAGCUUAUUCAGCCUCAUUCUCAAACACUGCCUUUGCCUACUACUGUCAACCUCAUGCAGUAUGUUGUCACACCAAAUGCACAACCUGCAGUUGCCACAAAACCAGUUCGUAAAGUGGUGGUGCAGUCAACAAAUCAAAGGAAGAGAAUUUUACCAUCUAAUGAUGUAAAUGUUACAAACGACUUAAUUAGAAUUCUGAAAGAGCAGGAAAAAGAGAAACAGCUACUUCUUCAACAGUUAAGUCAGAUGCCUCAGCAUAAAGUACAACAGCUUCUUUUACAAGCUCAGAUCCUGAAAAGUGCAAAUGAAAAUAAAGUUGUUACAUAUGCCAAUUCAGCACCAAUUGUAACUGCUACAGUGUCGCCCAGCACCCAGUGCAUAGCACCUGUAUCAUCACCUCCAAUUCAGACGGUUGUAGCAGCUCAAACCGGCACAAUAUUAACAACUGGUAUCCCAGUUUUUCUUGAUACUGAGAAAUUACCAAUUAACAGGAUCUCUGCAAAGCAACCUGUUAUCAAGGGGGAAAAGAGGAAUGCACAUAAUGCUAUUGAAAGACGGUAUCGUAGCAGCAUAAAUGAUAAAAUUAUAGAACUGAAAAACAUUAUUGUAGGCCCUGAGGCAAAGCUUAACAAGUCUGCUGUUUUAAGAAAGGCCAUUGAUUAUAUUAGGUUUCUGCAAAAUGCUAAUGCAAAAUUAAAGCAAGAAAACUUAGCACUCAAGAUGGCUGCACAGAAACAGCGACUUGAAGAUCUGUUAGAUAAGAAACCUGCUAUACAUCCUAAUCUUGCUGAUUACACGCCGCCAACUUCAGAUAUAAGUUCUCCAGAACGCAGUCCAUCAAAUAGUGUUCCAGAGGUAUAUUAUUCAGACCAAGAUUCUCCGCAGUUUACUGGUUCCAAUGAAUCCCAGACACUUCCACCAUACAGUAUAACCCUUGACAAAGAUGAUAGUAGUGACAGCUUUGCAAGUCGUGGAAUGUUAGAUCACUCUCGUGUAAUGUUGUGUAUGUGCAUGUUUGUUUUCUUGGUCUUUAAUCCAUUUGCGUAUCUUCUGAAAAUUGGUCCUCAAAGCUCUAGAGCAAUGGAUUCAUCAUCAUAUACUGGUCGAGCUAUUUUGUCAGAUGACAUUGGAUCUGAAGGGAGAUGGACGAAAAGCUUACUAUCAAGUGCAUUCGCAUGGAGUUUGAAUUUAGUUUUCAUUGCUUUGUGUUUGCUGAGAUUAUUUGUUUAUGGUGAACCAGUUCUGAAAAAGGAUUCCAAUAACUAUACCGUAUUCUGGCGGCACAGAAAACAAGCAGAUUUAUCGUUUGAAGAAGAGGAUUAUCCGAAUUCUGUUUCUCAUCUAAAGCUGUGUCUGACUGCUUUAGGGAGGCCAUUUCCAUGCAAUACAAUUGAAUUAGUGAUUGGAGUUAUUUGGCAGUUCAUUAGGCAGUUGAGUCAUUUUACUGGCAUUCAGCGAGCAAUCAAUGCUUUUCUUGUUCCAAAAGGUCAUUCAUUGCUGAUGGAAAGUUCUAGAGAUGCAGCAUUAGUGUAUCAGAAACUGCAACAGUUACAUCUUCUUGGCUUUUUAUCUGAAAGCAAACUCGAAAGGAUAUACUUGUCUCUCAAUGCUUUGAAUUUAGGAGAAGAUGCAAAAUCUUUAAUACCUAUAGAGGAUAUGUCUGAAGUGUACAUAAUUUCUGCAAUGAGUUUUAUUAGCUGUUUUCCGAGGAAGUUGUACUUUGUAACUUGGUAUUUGCUGAAGAAAGCACGGAAAGUUUACAUCUCCAACAAUGCUAUGGUGCCUCCAACUUUAAGAUGGCUUUUUGACCCUAUGGGGCAGACCUUCUUCAGAAAUGGAAAUUGGACUUACCUUCGCGAAGGAACCGUUUUUAGUUCCAUUCCAAAUUCAAAAAAUCCACUCUCUUUUGCUUCUCGAGCUUUUCGAGAAUUUUUGCUAGAGAAAAUUGUGCUUUCCAUUAUUUCACCUAGCAUGGAAUUGGAUGAGAAUAUUGAAUAUAAAAGAAAUUGCUCAACUGGCUUGAUUAUUUCUAAUCUCAUACAGUUAUUGAAGGAUUCUUGUUAUGUUUCCGAAAGUAGUUGUUUUUCAUCAGUUGUGGGUAGCUCAAAGCCAAUAAGCUUAAGACAAGAAGACCGUGUUGCUUAUUGGUGGGCAUCCGUGUUAGGAGUAGCGCUAGCAUGGCUACUUGGAGAGGAUGAAAAAGCUGAAAAAUUAUAUCAAGAUGUGGAAGCUUUCCCCAAAGAACUGAUGAAUUCACACCAUCCUUUACCUUCUGCUGUUUUAAAUGCUUUCCGUGCUCGCAAGUGUUACAUGAAUCAAGCGUCGAUGCCAGGUGCUACUCUUAAGCUUUGUGAUAAAGCAGGCAGCCUUAUCAAAGACAGCUUAAACUAUUCUUUGCACCAGAUGCCUCCUCCUUUAGUACAGGCAUUUCAAGUGUUGAGUAUUGACUGGUGUUUAAGUACAAGAAAGCAUGUAUGGGAGAAUUCAAAAGCUGGUGACUCUGCAUCUGCAUCAGAUUCCUUUGGUGUCUCGGAGGGUUAUCGAGAAGAUCUGCGAAGCCUUAGACGACUGUUACAUCACAUUCCCAAAAUGUGUUCAAAGGUGCAUCUAUAUGAAAUAACUCUGAGACUUAUGGCAGGAGCUAAUCCUGUGAAAACUCAGCAGAUGCUUGAAAGAAGUCUUAGAAGAAGGAGUAAAUUUUCUUCUAUCAUAUGUGCAAAAGGCAGCAACGGUGAGGGCCAUUAUUCAAGUGAACGAGAUCAAGCAGAAGCUCUUAUGCUGGCUUACAAACAUUUUCCUGAUAGUGUAACUUCCAAUCCUCGAGAAAAAGAGUGCAUGCUUGCUGAAGCUGCUAAUAUUCUUCAGCGAUUAAGUGACAAAAAUAAGCUGGAAAAGUGUCACAAAAUGAUGGUUGCAGCAGGAAGUGUUUUUAUUGCUCAGUCAUAACUUGGAUGUGUUAUUGUUAUUUUGUAAAUAUUACUUGAACUGCUUGGAAAAAAUAUCAAUAUUUGAUACAUUUAAGCAAAAGUUUUCAAUAAAGAAAUUUAAUAUUUUCAAAAAUAGCUUUUCAAAAAAACAAUUUGUUUACUCAUUAAUGCUUGUUGAUUUUCAUGGAUUUCAUUAUGCAACUCUCUUCUAGAUUAAUAGAUUGACAACAUUUUUAUGCACUUGCACAUUUUAUUUUCAGUGCAUUUAGCAAUAGAAAGAAGGAUACAGAAAUCCUGUAUGUUUGGCAUUGUUGAGUCGAAGAUAACACAAAAUAUUUGAAUCUGUUAAUCAAAGUGUACACUUUACUUUUAAAUUCUGUAUUGCUUUGGACUCUGAAACUAUUAUUGGUAGAAAUGUAGAUUUGUCUCAUGUUAUGUUUAAACAUACUGAGUCUAUGUAUAUAAUUUAACUUUGUCUAUACUUGUUUGUUAAUUGCAUAUUUUAAUGUUAGAAAGAUAUGGUAUCUGUUGCAUUUCAUAGCAUUUUUAAUUUAUUUAAGUGGACAUUUUGAUGCAACUGUGAACAUAGCAUGGUAAAUGGUUCAUUUUCAUUCUUUGAGCAUCUUUAUCUAUUGCUAAAAUGAAUAGAAUCGUAUGUAUAUUUGGUAUGCAUAUUGCACUAUAAAUAAAAAUGUUUCUUUAAUUUUCUAA